AUGCCAGUAUCAAAGCAAAUAGUAGACGAUGUCUUGAAGGCCAUCCCUUCCCGCAUCCGCGGUCCAGGCGGUGCCAUCGCUGUCCUCUCAGAAGGCGCCCUCGUGGACCAUCGCGUCUGGGGUUAUGCAGACUUCAACCGCCGGAUACCCAUGACUCCAGACACUCAAAUUCCCAUCUGCUCCAUAUCCAAGCAGAUGCUCUGCGCCUUGGUCGUGGAUCUAGAGCGCAAUCCGACUCCAGCUCUCAAGGCCAAGGGUGAUGUCAGGGAGCAGUUUGAGACUAAGCUAAAGGAGCUUCUACCUGAGCUAGCCAAGACCGGAAAGCUGAAGCUGGAUGACCUGUGCAACAAUCGAUCUGGCAUUCGCGACUACUGGGCUAUCACUUUGCUCUGGGGUGCAAAGCCAGAGGACCCGUACUCCUUGGCUGAUCACAAUGGCCCCAUGCUUGAUAGUCUCAAGUCAUUCCACUUUGAGCCGGGCACUGAGUACUCUUACUCCAAUACCAACUUCAACAUUGUAGGACGAGUAGUCGAGGCUACGACUGGGGAGUCACUUGUAUCCUUAUUCAACGAGCGAAUCUUUGUGCCUGCGGGCAUGAAGACUGCAGAGCUGUGUGCAGAUUCAGCAAAGCUACCCCCACCAUGUGUCGGAUAUGAAGGGGAUGAGCUGCGCGGCUACAUACCCGCCGAGAACCGCAUCGAAUGGGCCGGUGACGCCGGCAUCAUCGCGUCUCUCACGGACAUGAUUGCCUAUGAGUCAUUCCUCGAUCGUAGCCUGUUUGAUCCUGAGAGCUGGUACCGCAAGAUCUUCCAGCCCUCGACGUUCAGUGACGGUGUCCCUUCGACAUAUGCGCAGGGUUUAGCUCAUACCGAGAUUGGAAGCGUGGGGGCUAUCGGUCACGGAGGUGCUUUGCGUGGCUACAGACUCUAUCGAGCUCACGUACCAGAGGAACGAUUGUCAGUCGUGGUCAUGUUCAACCACGAGGCUGACGCAGCAACGCUAUCGGAGUAUAUUAUCCAAAACAUCUUGAGUCUUCAAAAGCCAACUGCGCCUGCUCUGGUUGAAGCAUCCCGUGCCUGGCCGGGUGUCUAUCUCGACGAGGGUACUCAGUUGGCUAUUACUGUGACCCUCGGCCAGAAGGGUCAGGUCCUGGUCAUAUAUGCUAACUACGUCGAGCCUGUCAAACUAACCGACCCCGAGCGCGGCGAAUCCAAGGGUAUGGCGGCUGUAAUCAACGGUGACAUUCUUCGCAUCCAGCGUCUAAAGGAGAACCGAGCCAUCACCGCCAAGCGUCUCACUCUUGGAGCCAUCGCUAUAGAUAGCUCGCCAUUCGAAGGUGACUUUUACUCCCCAGAGAUCAACUCGACUUUCCACUGCGUCAAUCAAGGCGGUCUAGUAUUUGGCACGUUCGAUGGCUUCUUGGGCCAGAGUCCGGCUCAGUUCAUGAGAUAUCUAGGUGAUGAUGUGUGGGCACUUGCAAACCCGCGAGGUAUGGACGCAAAGCCGCCUGGUGACUGGACACUUGUAUUCCGUCGUGAUGAUAAGGGUGCUGUUGUUGGCUUGACGAUUGGAUGUUGGCUUGCAAGGAAGAUCGAAUAUGUCAGAAAGUGA